GAAUCGCAAUUCCCCGCUGUGAAGAACAAGCGUUUUUUUCCAUUAUCAUGACGAUGAAGGGUCGCUCUUCGUACCCUUCGGCAUAAAGCCAAAAACAAUCCCCCGGGCCAGAACGGUUGCUUCGCUCAGCUGACUAUCCACCUCCGCCGCCAUACGGGUCUCCUACUAUUCGGCCUUGUCGGUGCCAACACCCACCAUGGCAGGGUUAGGUGCCAAACGACCUUUCACCCCUUCUAAAGGAACAACCAACUCAAAGCGAACGCCGGCGUCGAAGAAGAAGAAUCACAGCAUCCUGAACUUCUUUCAGAAGACAGAUGGCCCGCCCAAGCCUACUUCUCGCCAGUCACGAAUCACACAGUUUACGACGACUUCAAACGGGUCGAAUGGAAACAGGCGCACGGCUCCAGGGCUAGGAAGAGCCGAUAGCUCCAAUGAUGUCAGCGCUUCUGAAGACCUGUUUCUUCAGCACAAGGGCGGGGUUGUGUCAAAAUUCCCCGGAGACCCCGGAGCGUCUACGAGUCGUGACCGGCCACGGUCGAAUACCCCGGAUGAUAUCUGGAGUGUGGAGGAGCCCGAUACUCGAGAUUUAGAGGACGGGGCUAGGUUCAAUGAGAAUAAUUCGGUUGUGAAGAAACGGAAGGUUGAAUCUUCUGAAGAACCGCACACGGAUUCCCCGCCAGCUAAGCAGAGCGGGAAGAGUGAAUCGGGCGUUACAUCAGAGACUGCAAAAUCAAAGCAAAGAAAUGGUCCCUUCAUUGAUGAGUCGGAUAGUGAGGAGGAUUUACAAGAGUUGAGGGACUUGGAAAGCCCCCUGAGUGUGCCUGGCAGGUCCACACGCCAAUCAACUGCAAUUGAUAACCGCCCUUCUGCAGCGAGAACACCACCCCUGGUAAGAGAAGCCACGAGCCACGCCGGAGAUGACGAGUUUGCAGUUUUUGACGAUACAGGGGAGAGCGGAUUCUUAGAUCAACCAUGGGAAUUUGAAGAGGCUAGGAUACCGGAUGUCUCGGCAUUCGAUGCGAUAGAUGACUAUACGAGUGAGUACCAGGAAGAUUAUUAUGGCGGUGGUCCGGAGGAAGAUGCAAGGGUCUGUCCGAUUUGCCAGUUUGAUAUGAGUAGUUUAAACGAGGCUGAAAUCACUGUCCAUGUGAACGACUGUCUUGAUGGCAAAGAAACCUCGACGCCGACGACCGCAGGGCUGACGGCCACUCCAGCGGAGGCCCUCAGUCGCAUGGAGCGAGCUGCUAUUCCAAGACCAGCACAAAAGGACCCGUUUACGCAAAAAUCUACUGGUACAGCUUCUGCAUUCAGCAAGUUAAUGGCCGGUAAUGCCGAGGACACGGCUUGGGCAGUUGCCGCUGCGAACGAGGUGUCGUCCCGUGGGAAACAGGCGUACCAGAGGACCUGUCCGUUCUACAAGAUUAUCCCUGGGUUUUCGAUAUGUGUAGACGCAUUCCGUUAUGGUGCAGUUGAAGGCUGCAAUGCCUACUUUCUCAGCCAUUUCCACAGUGAUCAUUAUAUUGGCCUGACAUCUUCGUGGUGUCACGGCCCCAUAUAUUGCAGCAAGGUGACAGGAAAUCUGGUCCGUCAACAAUUGAGAGUCGAUCCCAAAUGGGUCGUCGAUAUCGAAUUUGAAAAGCUUAGUGAAGUUGCCGGCACGGGGGGUGUUCAUGUGACGAUGAUUCCUGCAAACCAUUGUCCUGGCAGCUCCCUUUUCCUCUUUGAGAAAUCAUUCGGUCAAGGACCCUCUGCGCGCAAACAGCGGAUUCUCCACUGCGGUGAUUUCAGAGCGUGUCCAGCCCAUGUGCAACAUCCUCUUCUCCGCCCUUUGGUAGCUGAUGAGGCCGGGGACCAGGCACGCCCCCAGAGGAUUGAUGUUUGCUAUCUAGAUACCACCUACCUCAGCCCCAAAUAUGCGUUCCCUAGCCAGGAGGAUGUGAUUUCAGCUUGCGCCGAGCUGUGUGUCAAUCUCAAUAAUGGCUCUAUCGAUGGCAAACUCCCAGCUGGCGAUGAAAAGAAUGAACCCCAAAAUGUCAACUCUAUGUCGAAAUUUCUCUCGACCGUUACUGGAAAGGGAGAUUCUGACAGGAGAUUUCUUUCCGGAGGCCGGCUAUUAGUGGUUAUCGGCACUUACAGCAUUGGUAAAGAAAGGAUUUGCAUAGGAAUCGCCCGAGCUCUGGGGUGCAAGAUCUUCGCGACUCCUCAAAAGCGACGGAUUUGUGCGUGUCUGGAAGACCCUGAACUGUCAUCCCUCUUGACCGAUGACCCCCAUCAGGCCCAGAUUCACAUGCAAAAUGUAUUUGAGAUACGCGCGGAUACACUUGCUGACUACCUCGACUCCAUGAAACCCCAUUUCUCGCGAAUCGUUGGAUUUCGCCCAACGGGGUGGACUUACCGACCUCCUGCGGGCAGGGUGUUGGAUAAUCCCCCUGUUUCAUCCGUCUUAAACUCCGACAACUGGAAGACUCCAUUCUCAGUCCGCAGCAUGACUCCUCAACGCGGUAGCACCCGAGAGAGUCUAUGCUUCGGAGUUCCGUAUAGCGAGCACAGCUCAUUCCGUGAACUGACCAUGUUCUGCUGUGCCCUGCACAUUGGCCGAGUCAUACCCACCGUCAAUGUAGGGAACGCCACCAGCCGUGACAAGAUGAAAGCUUGGUUUGAGCGAUGGGAUGCGGAGAAGAGGAAAAAUGGAUUGUUCCAAGUCACAGGAGACUCUUGGUAAAUCAUAUCUAUUCCGUACGAUUGGUGGAAUUAUUUUUGGUAUAUACUAUCCUUGGUGAUGAAUAUAUCGCAUGAUGACUUGGUUUUAUGUGCCCCCUCGCGUGCAUACCAUCUUGAGGGUAUCCACU